UGUAUGACUAGUGGUCUGUGUACCUGGAGGCAUGCAUUAAAAUGAUUUUUCACUUCUGACAGGAGUCCCUUUUUGGAAGCUGGAAGACAACGAGAGUUGGGAUGGCGUUACUAAAGGCAGUAAGAUACCUGGUUGUUCUUCUGGUUAUAUACUACAGUGUGGAGGAUCACAGAUACAGAAAGUCUCUGAAUCUAUUCUUUGAGGAAUUGAUGGGUAAAAAAGCAUCAGACAUUCAUGCCAUAGAAAAAAGACAGGCUCCCUUGAGUUCCAUUGAUUAUGUACUCAACGUUGUUAUCAAUAUCUCUGACCCGGCACUUCUUGAAAAGAUUUUGAGUGAACUUCCUUUAGGGAUCAACCUGAUCAACAACACUUCUGUAAUUACCAGCAUCAACAUCACAACAGUGUGUUCCCCAAAUAUGUCUACAUACCAGUGCAGAUGUGAGGCGAACUAUGCUUGGUCGUAUAACACCUGUAUUGCCCUAAACGCCUGCGAUGCCAUCAUUGGUAACACCUGUGGAUGCAUUAAUUCCCUUCCACCUGAUGACCAGUACUGUGAGCUAAACACCAGUCAAACAGACCCGGUGGACUUUGAUUUGAUCCUGGAUUUGCGCGUCCCAGUCUCCAGUGUGCCAUCCAAUUUCAUUGAUAUAUUCAGGCAAAGACUGACAGUCUUACCAUUGCCCCUUGUCACUGGAUCUUUAAAUAUAAUAGACAUAACUUUCACCACAGAGUGCUAUCCAAACUCCACUGGAGGACUGCAGUGUCAGUGUGAGAAGCAGUUUGCUUGGUCAUGUGACAAGUGUAACAGCUAUGGUGCAUGCAGUAAUGCUACCAGUCAAACCUGUGAGUGCAUUAAUGGACUUCCUGAUGGAGAGUACUGUGAACCAAUCACAAAUGUCACUCAAUGUCUAACCCCGACACCUGUGACAUCAACAACACCAAACACAGCAACCCCAGAAAUGACGACGUCAAACACAACACAGGCAACACCAACAACCCCAAUAACAACACCAAACACAACAACACCAAACACAACACUGAUGGCAACGACAACAACCUCAAUAACAACACCAAACACAACAACACCAAACACAACACUGAUGGCAACGACAACAACCUCUAUGAUAACAACAGCAAACAACACAACACACAUGGCAACACCAUCAACCCCAAUAACAACACCAAACACAACAAAACCAAUGGCAACAGCAUCAACUCAAGAAAUGACAACACCAAACACAACAGCAGAGGUAAGCAGCUCCUUUACCAUGAAUCUACCUUUCAAUGAUUCAUACAAUGAUCCAAAGAGCUCCAUUUACCAAGACUCUAUAAAAGCUAUUAUAACCGGAACUGCUAAUUACAUCCCAAAUAUUAAAGAAGUAAAACUAAAGUUCCGGAGCGGAAGCACCAUCGGUGACUAUACUAUAAUAGCAAGUUCUGUUAACGAAACUGUUAUAGUGCCUGUGAAUGUAGGGAUAUUUUUUGAGCUGGCAAAGAAAUACUCAAUGCUAUACACAAGCCAAGAAUUGUUAAGGUUUGACCCACCUAAAGUAUUUUUUGAGGGGAAAGUAACUAUAAAAUGUGGCCCACCACCAGCAAAUCUCAAUUUAAGUAGCGGUGUGACUGCACAGUGGACACUGAAUGGCACAGAAAUACCCGCAGAUGAUCUACACAAGUUAGCGCUACAGGAUGUGAUGGCAACGCUAACUGUGUUAAAAGCUUUUAGCACUGACAAUGGAGUUUAUGAAUGUACGCUAAAAAACAACAACAUAGCUUUCAUACAGCGUGGAACAUUCAAUGUACAACCAACACCUGUGAUCCAAAUGACACCAGCCGUACAAAGGAUUAGAUGUGCAAACACAGUGACCCUGACAUGCUCUGUCAGCCCCAGCCCCCCCUAUCAGGUUGAGUUUAAAGGCAUCACACCAGGCCCAAGUAUCACCUAUACUGCAAACACUGCAUCAUGUACAGAGCAAACUUUCACUUGUCAAGUGACAACUUCAACACAAAACUUUACUAAAAGUAUAACACUGUCUUUCGUCAUGGGCAUCUCUCUAGACUACACAUGUGAAAAUUAUGAAUUUGGUGUUGGAAAUGAAGGUGAGCAGGCUGUAGGUUCCUGCCCAAAGGAUACGGUUGGAAUCCGGACAGCAGUUUGUUUGAAUAAUGGUACAUGGAAAAUACAGACAGACAACUGCAUCCUACAACCGCUUCAAGAGCUGCUUCAGCAGUCUCAGAAUUUGAAUAGCAAUUCACUGCCAGCAUUCUUGAAAAUACUCAGCAACAUCACUACUACCUUCAAUGAGGCCGUGGUUACAUCUCCUGCAAACAUUAAUGCCACUGUUGGAAUACUCAAGAAUAUAGCCAACUUGAGUAUCCCAAUAACUGAAACUUUAAUGACGGAUAUCCUUUUAGUUGUAGGUGUCCUCACCACAGAUGCAGCAAAAAGAUCAUGGGACUCUCUAAACAACAACAAUGCCCAAAACAUCUCAGGAACAAGUAACAGCCCCCCAGCUAAAGGCGUCAGCUCAGACCUAUUGCAGUCUCUUGAGACUAUAACAACAAGCCUUACCAAUGAAUCUUUUAACAUUGAAACACCGUCAAUUCUGUUGAACAAAACCAUACUCACAGACAAUUUUGAUGCUAACUUUGCAUUCUUGAAUUCUUCUGUGGGGGUAGUCAUACCUGACUCUAAUGGAGGAAACAGGUCCAUCGCUGUGCUAUCAUUUGCCUCAAUGGAUAACGUACUCCCUCCACGAGAUAUAAACAAUUCAAGCGUCAAUGUCAUCAAUGGGAGAGUUGUACUUGUUUAUUCCAAUGGAAGCGUCAAUAAUGUUUCAUUCACAUUUGCUGUCAAAAACGAUACUCUGGGGAACCCUAAGUGUGUUUUCUGGAAUUUCAGCCUCUUUGACAAUAUCGGGGGAUGGGACAACAAGGGCUGUGUGUUGGUACGCAACAUAGACAAAACCGUCACCUGCAACUGCACCCACCUUACGUCGUUCUCUAUCCUCAUGUCACCCUACAGUCCUAAAAGCCUUGCGUUGGAUAUUAUAACCUACGUUGGAGUUUCCAUAUCCAUGGCUUCCUUGGUCAUAUGCCUGAUAAUUGAAGCUGUCAUAUGGAAGAAAAUAAGGAGAAACAACACAUCUUACUUGCGUCAUGUUUCCAUUGUUAACAUCGCUCUGUCUCUCCUGAUUGCAGACAUUUGGUUUAUUAUUGGGGUAGCUAUCUCAGAUGAUGACGAGACAAACAUACCAGCUUGCAAUGCAGCUACAUUUUUUAUCCAUUUUUUCUACCUGGCCCUGUUUUUCUGGAUGUUAGCCUCAGGUCUGCUGUUACUCUACCGCACAGUCAAUGUCUUUGACGGGGGAUUGUCCAAAACAUCUAUGUUGGCUUUUGGAUUCACUCUGGGCUAUGGGGCUCCUCUCGUCAUCGUGAUCAUAACUAUUGCUGUAACUGCACCCAACAAAACGUACAUUCAAACUGGAGUUUGCUGGCUCAACUGGUACCAAUCCAAAGCUUUACUGUCCUUUGUGAUCCCAGCACUGGUCAUAGUGGGGAUAAACCUUGUGAUCGUGUUGGUGGUGAUAUUCAAAAUGUUGAGGAGAAGGUCAGUGGGAGACGCUGUACAAUCAGCUGAAAGGCAUGUUCUAGUUGUCAUUGCCAGGACUUUGGCUGUCCUCACACCAGUCUUUGGAUUAACUUGGGGUCUGGGAGUCGGAACCAUGACCAGUCCAGACGAUCAAGGAAUCCAAAUUGCAUUUGCAUUUUUUAAUUCACUGCAGGGUUUCUUCAUACUGGUGUUUGGAACACUGCUGGACAAAAAGGUGCGGUCAGAAAUAACAAUAAAGUCACAAAGUUCCAGAACCGGGACCAGGAGCACCAGCGCUGGAAUCUCAAGUAGAUUGGAUUUUUUCCGGAUCUGGAGAAGAGCAAGAGAUGGUUACAAUGUGUCAUAUUCUGCCUCCGGUGGAUCUGACUCCACCAGCAACAUUUGAUGAUUUUUGCAGACAGCUCGGGUCAGUCAGAAUGACAACCAACCAAGCAAACCAGCUGUUUCACACGUGUUUUUUUUUUUUUUUUCUUUUUAUCUGUUUUUGCAGCCAGAGUUAGAAGUUAGAAGUAGUAUAAAGUAUUGAUGUUCGAUUUGAAGUAUAUUGUAACAUCCAAGAGUCAGGCUUGAUUUUUGGAAAAACGAACAUUCAUACAGUAAUAAUUUGACUGAGUUUUGACAAAAAGAGUUUGUAUGAAGGAAGAGCACAUAGAGAGGAUAGAUUUUUAUAUCUGAUGUCUUGUAAAAGUGUGUGUGUGUGUGUGUGUGUGUGUGUGUGUGUGUGUGUGUGUGUAUUUGCAGUAAGUCACAUACAGUAUAUUGAAAGAUUACACUUAGGCACUGUUUUGACCUUUAAAAGUAUUCAUCACAUCAUUUUCAAGCAACAAAAUGUCCGGAAAGAUGCAAAAUGUCUCUUGGCUUGGGUUUACUUUGCCAAUCAAAUCAGUUAGCCAAGGCAAGGCUGUCUUCCACGGAUCGGUGAACUUGGUUACUCAAGGUGUGGCAUCACAAUGACAAAUUGACUUGGACAGGACAAUCAGUCAAAUAUAAUUCCAUACAGGUAAAAGAAGUGCCAGGAAAUACCCAGAGAAAAUAU